CCCCCUGAGUUCCUGACUCGUACUGUCAAUGAGGCGCUGAGGUCAAGAGAAAUAAGCAUGGCCGCUUUGUUUAGAGGGUAUCGGAAUUUUUAUAAAAGAAGCAAUAAACAUGUGGAGCUUACUUUGGUAUCUUGUAGAUCAAUGGCUUCCAAGACCCCAGUGGGUUUUAUUGGACUGGGCAACAUGGGAACACCUAUGGCUAGAAACUUACUGAAGCAUGGAUAUCCUGUCAUUGCUACUGAUGUCUUCCCAGAGUCUUGCAAGGAGCUUCAGGACUCAGGAGCACAGAUCCUGGAUUGCCCUGCUGAAGUGGCUGAUAAAGCUGACCGCAUCAUCACCAUGCUACCGUCCAGCCCCAACGUCAUUGAGGUUUACACAGGACCCAAUGGCAUACUUAAGAAGAUUAAAAAAGGCACCCUUCUGAUUGACUCCAGCACCAUCGACCCUGCAGUGUCCAAACAGAUGGCCGUUGCUGCUGAGAAGAUGGGUGCAGUGUUCAUGGAUGCUCCAGUGUCAGGAGGUGUUGGUGCAGCUAGUCUGGCUAAACUGACCUUCAUGGUGGGUGGCGUUGAAGAGGAAUUUAAUGCUGCCCAGGAGCUGCUCACCUGUAUGGGAGCAAAUGUAGUGUACUGUGGCCAAGUGGGAAGUGGACAGGCAGCGAAAAUCUGCAACAACAUGCUGUUAGCAAUUGGCAUGAUUGGUACAGCAGAGACCAUGAACCUCGGAAUUAGACUGGGUUUGGAUCCAAAACUGCUGGCGAAGAUUCUGAACAUGAGCUCAGGACGAUGUUGGUCCAGUGACAAGUAUAACCCCGUCCCAGGUGUCAUGGAAGGAGUGCCGUCUGCAAACAACUACCAGGGAGGCUUUGGUACAAAGCUAAUGGCUAAAGAUCUUGGUUUUGCUCAGAAUACGGCGACCAAUACCCAGACCCCAAUUCCUCUUGGUUCUUUGGCACACCAGAUCUACCGUGCAAUGUGCACUCGUGGCUACUCUAACAAAGACUUUUCCUCCGUCUUCCAGUUUUUACGUGAAGAGGGGAUAUAGUAGGUCAAGUGAAAGUGAACCAGACUUUGUGUGAGAAAUGGGCAUUAUGUCUGGCUGGUUUAGUCUUGAUAUGCAUGUGUGUCUGUUUUGAAAGGGAUGUUACAGGUUUGUUAGGUUGCAGCCUGAUGUUGACAUUGAAAACUUCACAGAGCCUUUUUUAACUAGUUCUGUAUGACCGGUUCAAACUGUUACUCAAGCUUGCUUACAUCACCCGUUUACCUCCAAAUGUUUACAUUCAUUUAUUUCCAUUUCAUUCUACUUCAAACCAGUUCUGAGCCAAAACUGAUUUUAGGUCCUGAUCAGAAGCUGCUAGAAAUGCUUAAGGAUGCCUAAGACAUACCUCAUCAGUUUCAAUUUUGCUUAAACUGAAUCGAAACUGUGAAAAAUUUUACAAAGAAGUAGUGGGUCCCUCAUUUUUUUAUGGAAUCGUUACAUUAAAGGAAUAGUUCGCUCAAAAAAUACAAAAUUUAUGAACAUGUACUCAUCCUCAGGCCAUCCAAGAUGUAGAUGAGUUUUUUUCUUUUUUUUUUUCAUCAGAACAGAUUUGGAAAAAUUUAGCAUUACAUCACUUGCUCCCCAAUGGAUCCUCUACAGUAAAUGGGUGCCGUCAGAAUGAGAUUCCAAAGAGUUGAGAAAAACAUCACAAUAAUCUUUACAAUUAAAAGCUGCAUCUUUGUAAGAAAUCCAUCAAGAUGUUUAAAAUUCAAACCGCUGUUUCCAGCUAAAAUACGAGUCCUCUGUCCAUAAUUUUGCUUUCUCCAAUGAAAAAGUAGUUUCAUCUGAAUAAGGAGAGAAAUAUGCACAGAUCAAGCACUGUUUACAAGCGAAAACAUUUUAACAGUUCUAUUAAACAUAUAUGGCGGUGGAUUUUGAUGUGACAGGACAACACGGGAUAGACUUUUUCAUUGGCAGAAGCAUUGUUAUGGAUUAUGGACUGGUAUUUUUGGCCAGAAGUGAUGGAUUUGUUUAUUUAAACAGUGAACACACAGCUUUUUGCUUCACAAAUCAAUAAUUGAUUGACUGGAGUCAUGUGGAUUAUUUGUAGAUUAUUGUGAUGUAUUUAUCAGAUGUUUGGACUCUCAUUGUGACGGCACUCAUUCACUGCAGAGUGAGCAAGUGAUGCGGUGCUAAAUUUCUCCAAAUCUGUUCUAAUGAAAAACAACUCUACAAUCUACCUUUUGGAUGGCCUGAGGGUAGAUUUCCAGCAAAUUUUCUUUUUGGGUGAACUAUUCCAUUAAAACUGAACUGUUUUACACUAAAUAGUUUAUACAAUUACAUCUCUGUCAUUUUUGUGUCUAUAUGUCUUUGAUUCUGACCAUACUUUCUAUCAUUCUUUGUUUCUUUUCCACUAAACAAAAGGCUUUAUGUUGCCCUAAUGUGUGUACAUAUACACUAUAUAUAUAUUUGUAAUGGUGCUGUAUUGAGAAUGAGCAGUGUUAAUUGUCUCUAAUUAAUAGAGGUCCUGUUAAGAUUCACACUAAGAAGAGACCAAUGUAUGUGUAUGUAUGCUAGACACACACUUACCCAUGGCUCAAGAAUCAUGGUGUGUCUUCUAUACAAAAAUGUUCUUGUUCAUAUUAUGUCCUCAAUAAAGAAAUUAACUGCAUAAGGGCAUAAUAUCAUCACCAAACUAAUUUUCAACAAUAAUGGUUUUUUAAACAUUCGUCCCACCCCAAACUUUUAAUAAGUCGCUAUGUUGGGCUGGUCAGCCUGCUUAAAAAAAAAGAACGAAGAUUAGAUUUUGAUAGCGUUGAAAGUAUUUAUAGGUGGUUUUACAGGGAAAUCAGCCAACAAAUGGCUUAUUUAUAUUAGUCUUUGCAAAUUAAUCUGAUACUAUUUUAACAUUCAAACAUUACCUUUAUGCUGUUUCUCUGAUGUAAAGCUAUUUAUAACUUUCUCCAAUUCAUAUGAAUGUUUAAUAAGGCUGCGUUUGCGUUUGAUGUCUGUUGAACUGAAGGGCUGGUGUGUUUGGGUGGGGUUAGGUAAGGAUAAGGGUGUUAAUGGCAUCACCUUCAGGUUUAGAGGUUAAAUGUAAGAACAUGUAAGAAAUACAACUUUUUACAGCAUAUGGCAUUUAGAAAAAGAGAAGGAAGAUUGUAGGCUCAAAUGAAUUAGUCUCCUCACUUCCUGUCCUGAUGUCGGUCCUCCGAUGUCUGCGGUCUGCCCGUUUUUUUUUUUUUUUUUUUUCCAUUGUUCUGUCCACAUGCUCACACGCACUCAUGCUCUACAAAUGAUGCCCUUAUUUCCAUCAUCACAAUCAGAAAGCCAACAAAACAAGGCAUCACCCGUGGGCUCUUUCCUUUAAUGGUGUUUUUGGUCUUUCGUUCUUGUGUUUUUAUUAUUCCGGCAGUGCUGUUUGUGUCUGUAGACAGCCUCAGACAGGCCAACCCAGUCUGAACUAGCGCAGAGGUCGUUAAAACCGCUCUUAUCCUCAACUUUUAAUUGUAGGACUUAAUUUUAUGACCAAUGCUCGUGAUGUGCAGUUAUGUGGCUGUAGCCUCAGACAGUCCUACACACUAUAAGUGCACUAAUUGUUUAACUGAGACUGCCGGUUGUUAACUCGGAGCUUAAAGAUUGUAGCUGUGUAAGUGUGCGUUAAACUCAAAAUGCAGACCUUGGAGCUAUUCUGGAUAGUGAGUUUUAGUGAAUAGUAAUGCUCUACUAAAUGUUUUAAAAAGAUGAUGUAUUGAUUUAGUUUACAUAGCUUUAUAGGAGCAAUAGACGUCUGGUUUACGUGAUCUAAUUUUAGAUCACAGAGUUCACAGUCCACACCGUUUCUUUGAACUUAUCAGACUUUCUUUACAAAUUUAAACAUAAUUAAGCUACCAAUUAAAAGUUUGGGAUUGGUAAGAUUGUUUUAUUGUUUUUGAA